UUCAUAACGGAAGUGGUCACGUUUGUAAUCAUGGCGUCCUCCAGUGCCCCGAGAGGCAACGUGAUAACUCCUUAAAAUGAGAAACUUUUGGUUUACUUGGAAAACUAACACCAGUGUCAUCUAAUUUCUACACGUCAUAUUUGAAAAAAAAAAACACGUCUUCGCUCCUGGACGUUUUCUGUCAGAGGUGAGAAAAACCUGAACGUAGUUUGUCCGGCUGAAGCGCAGCGUGCCGCGCUGAACACGUUGGCUCAGACUAAGAGUAUUUCCGUGACCAGCACAGAAAUGGCUUCAUUUAAACCUACGAAAAUCCAAGUCUAUCCAAAACUUGGAGAGAAAGUCACACAAGACACAUUGUACUGGAAAAACUACAAGGCUCCGGUCCAGAUAAAAGAAUUUGGAGCAAUCACAAACAUAGACUUCUCCCCAGUGGCUCCGCAUAACUUUGCUGUGACAGCAUUUACAAGAGUUCACAUUUAUGGGCCGUUCUCCCAGGAGCCUGUAAAGACAUUUACAAGGUUUAAAGACACUGCAUACAGUGGGAGGUUCAGGUCAGAUGGUCAGCUGCUUGUUGCGGGAUGUGAGGACUCUGUGGUCCGGCUGUUUGAUGUCAGCGGCAAGGUGGCACUCAGGAUGUUCAAAGGGCACACAAAGGCUGUCCACGUCACAGACUUCACCUCAGACAGUUACCAGAUCCUCACAGGUUCGGAUGACUACACCUGUCGACUUUGGGACAUCCCAAAUGCCACUGAGCUCAACACCUACCAAGAACACACAGAUUACAUUCGCUGUGGUGUCACAAGCAAACUCAACAGAGAUCUCUUCAUUACUGGAUCUUAUGACCACACAUUGAAAAUGUUUGAUGCCAGAUUGGAUAAGAGUGUGAUGACCAUGGACCACGGCCAUCCAGUGGAGAAUCUGCUUCUCUAUCCUUCUGAGGGACUUUUAGUCUCUGCAGGUGGUCGCUAUGUGAAAGUGUGGGAUCUGCUAAAAGGAGGGCAGCCUCUGGUGUCAAUGAAGAACCAUCACAAAACUGUCACCUGUUUGUCUCUUGGCAGCAAUGGACAGAGACUGCUGUCAGCUUCUUUGGACAGGCAUGUAAAGGUGUACAACACAACCAACUAUAAAGUGGUCCACAACUUUGACUAUGCAGCCUCCAUCCUCAGUCUGGGCUUAGCUCCUGAUGAUGAGUCCAUUGUCGUGGGUAUGACCAAUGGUAUUCUGAGUGUCAAACACAGGAAAAGCCCUGAAGAGUCAAAGGAAACCUCUGGCCAACAGAGGCGGAAACCAUCAUAUCGUGUUUUUGUGAAGGGGAAGAACUAUGUCCCUAAACAGGAUGAUUAUCUCGUCAGUAAGCCAGUGAAACAGCAUUUGGCCAAAUAUGACAAGCAGCUCAAGAGAUUUAACGUAUCGAAGGCUUUGGAUACAGCUCUGGAGACAUGGCUAAGACGGAGAAAGCCAGAGAUCACAGUAGCUGUUAUAAAGGAGCUGGAUCGAAGAGGAACAUUGAAGAAUGCUCUUGCAGGAAGAGAUGAACAAAGUCUCUUUCACUUGCUCAACUUUCUUAUCGGGAACUUGGUUGACCCCAGGUUUGCUCCUGUCCUAGUAACAACGGCUGAGAUGAUCCUGGACAUCUAUCGGUCAGUAAUCGGCCAGUCACCAGUCGUGGAUCGACAGCUGCUGCGCCUGCAGGACCUGCUUGAGAGAGAGAUCGACUACCAGAAGGACCUCCUGGAGGUGCUGGGCAUGUUGGACACAAUGUUCGCCUCCUCCAUCCCCAGGAAGGAGGUGCCCUGCUCUGGCAUCAGCAGGUCUAAUGGCCUGGGUCAAGGAGAAGCGAGUACCUCAAGACCGCAGCUUCAAGCCACCUGAGGCUUGUCGGAGCUACGACAGCUUUUAGACUGGUGCCUUUCCAACUCUAAAACCUCGUUUUGAAACCUCCGACACAAAUUUCCUGACAUGAAUACAUGUCACAGACACCGAGCAGAAACAUUUUGGCGUCCUACAGAUUUUGAGAGACUGACAAACCCAUUGUGUCACUCUGGUGUUUUAACUCAGCGUGACUGAAAACACGCCAGGCAGCAAAGAACAUGCGUUUAUUGUAUGAAGAGAGUGUGUGUGUGUGUGUGUGUGUGUGUGUGUGUGUGUGUGUGUGUGUGUGUGUGUGUGUGUGUGUGUGUGUGUGUGAAUGUAAAGUGUUUUUAUUGGAAGUCUUGUAAAUCCACUUUAAGUUGUAAACGCAGUGUGUGUUUGAUUUCACAGUGAAUGUCUGCUUUGUGUUUUCAUAAUAUUUGGCAUUUGACAAAUGUUUUAUAAGCGGAUAAAAAAAUAAAUCUUUGUAACAUUG